AUGGCCCCCCCACGUGCAUCCAAGAAGUCAAGUACCACGACUGCACAGAAUAUGUCGCGCCAAAGUCGCAGACCCGUCGAUGAGGAGACUGACGAAGAGACUCUUGCUGAUCGUACGGACAUGGCCGAUGAGACAGAAGACGACGAGCCCGACGCGUUGCAGGGCCCGAAGCACCAGAAAAUGAUGUUCCAGAGUCUCGAUGAUCAGAAGAAGCGCCAUGCCUCCAACAAGAAAGGAGUGAAGGAGGCAUACAGCGCUACGAAGUCCAGUCUGCAGGACGACAUCAACAAGCUGUUCGAUGAGCAUGAGGACCAGUCAAACACGGCUCACCGCGCGCAAUUGGCCCGUCUCGCCGACCUGCUCGCCCUGAAAGCCUCGCUCGAAUCGCAAAUGGCACGCAAACUAGCCGAUCUGAGCGCAGCCUACGACACCCACUCCGAGGAGCUGUGCAGGGCCGUGGACUCUCGAAUCAAGGAGCUAAAGUGA